CAAAGAUGGCCGCUGGCCACUGGGGAAUAUUCAGCGACUGAGCUCCGUGCGGGGCGGAAGCGGGGCCCGAGUCCGUUCGGAAUAGCCCUCCCCGGGCUGCCGGCACGUAGCUGAGUCUGGGCCCGAUGAGCAAGGCGUGGCGGAGGGGGGGCGCCCCCGGCGGCAGGAUGGAGGGGGCCGAGGCGGGGGACCAGGACGAGUCCAGCGGGCACAGCUCCCACAAGAAGAAGCACAAGAAGCACAAGAAGAAGCACAAGAAGAGGCAUCACCAUGAGAACGUGGGGCCCAGCUUCUCCUCCGAGACCCUGGAGUCCAGCCCCUUGCUCCCCAAGCCCCAGCUCAAGCUCAAAAUCAAGCUGGGCGGGCAGAUCCUGGGCACCAAGAGCGUGCCGACCUUCACGGUGAUCCCCGAGGUGCCGCGCUCGCCUUCCCCCCUCAUGGUCGUGGACGAUGAGGACGAGCCCAUGGAGGGGGUCCCCAUUGAGCAGUAUCGGGCCUGGCUGGAUGAAGACAGUAACCUGGACCCAUCGCCCCUGCCGGACCUGGACUCGGAGAGCUGCUUCCCUGCCCGCGAGGACGAGGAGGAGCAGCGCUGGCUGGAUGCGCUGGAGAAGGGCGAGCUGGACGACAACGGCGAGCUCAAGAAGGAGGUGGAUGAGUCGCUGCUCACGGCCAGACAGAAAGCCCUCCUGCACAAGCAGCAGAGCCAGCCACUCCUGGAGCUGCCCAUGGGCUACAAGGCGAAGGAGAUGACGGAGGAGAUGCUGGUGAAGCGGGAGGAACGAGCCCGGAAGCGGCGCCUGCAGGCGGCCAAGAAGGCAGAGGAGAACAAGAACCAAACCAUCGAGCGCCUCACCAAGACCAACAAGGCCAAGGUGAAGACGCUGCGGGAGCGCAAGGCUAAGCAGGCCCCAUGCCCCAUGAUCCGCUACUGCAACGCCGCGGACCGGAUCACCGUGUCCUUCCCGCCCGGGGUCACGCUGCCACUGCCGCCCGGCACGCCGCCACCCGUGCCUGCAGCCACCACCUGCGGGGUCAGCGGCUGCCCCAACCGCAAGCGGUACUCCUGCUCACGCACCGGCGUGCCCCUCUGCAGCUUCGCCUGCUACCAGAAGAACCUGCAGCUGCAGGAGGCGGUCGGCUAGGGCUCCUGGCACCGACCCUGCUGCCAGGCUCCACCUCUUCGAGGGCUUGGCUGAAGAUCCCUGCGUCCUUCUAGGGAGGCUCGGGGGAUGUUCACGCUCCAUCAGCUCAGGAUGCAGCUGCUGCCCUUGUGACGGCGAGAUGAGGACCCUGGCGUCCGGGACCCCUGCUGGGACCGGCUCAUUCCCUGGGAGCUGAGUCAGGUCUGAGCCCAGAGUCGCUGCAGGGUUGGGCCUGUCUGCCCCAGGCCGGCACGGAGGCCCCAGAGCAGCUUACGUGACUCCAUGCAGCCUGGCCUCCUCAUGUCUCUCCCUCCCUGGUGACUGGGAGGGAUGGGAAAUGGCACAGGCGGGCACUGGGCUCGGCUGCGUGGGGUCUCCAGGCCCUGCCACGGGGAGCUGCACCCUGCCCUUCGGGGCACUGCUGAGAUCUGCUGUGCUUGCGGGAGGGAGGAGCGUCUUCCAGCUCUCGGUGGAUGGGCUGGCCGGG